CUGCCAGUAGCAGAUGAUGACUCUACAUUUUUACAGGACAAUGUUAUUUCAUGCAAAGCCCUUCUCAUAUUGUAUUGCUUUGCACACCUACAGGAACAAAUAUUUGCAGUCCUAUCAAGUUCUUUGAAGUUUGUUUAGUUUUAAACCAGUCUGAAAAACUUUAUUAAAUGCUCCCGGUGUUACAAAAAACGAAUUACAAUAGCAAAUCCCCCACAGUGGAGUUGAAUCAUAAGUAAUGGUUUCAUUCAUUUCAGUUUAACACUUUCUUUUGGUUUCAUUUAACAAACUCCGAUGAGUAUAGUUAUAGAUAUGGCACAGCCCUCCAGCAAAAUCAAGUCUGUCUAGAUUGUCAAACGAAGGCAGAGCUUAACCUUUUGAUUCCGAUGCAGUACAAACAGCUCAUAUUGAACCUCUCCGACAACUAGAAAAGGAUUGCCAUCCUGUUAUGAGUAAGGUAGCUCUUUGUGGUGGCAGACAUGAACUGGAUGUCCUUACAGGUCCUGCUUGGCGGGGUUAGCCAGUACUCCACUGUAUUUGGGCGUGUCUGGCUAUCGGUGGUGUUUGUGUGUCGUGUCCUGGUGUUUGUGGUGGCCAUUCAGCAGGUGUGGAGUGAUGAACAGAAAGAUUUCAUCUGCAACACCGCCCAGCCGGGUUGUACUAAUGUCUGCUAUGACCAUUAUUUCCCCAUCUCCCACAUCCGUAUUUGGGCUCUCCAGAUCAUUUUUGUCACUUGCCCGUCUCUCAUGGUGGUGGCUCAUGUCAAGUAUCGUGAAAUGAAGAAUGAGAAGUACACCAAUGUCCACAAGGGUGAACACCUGUAUGCCAACCCAGGAAAGAAGCGCGGAGGGCUAUGGUACACCUACAUACUCAGCCUGGUGUUCAAAGCUGGCUUUGAUGCAUGUUUCCUCUAUAUUCUGUACCACAUUUAUCAUUUUGACAUGCCAAGAGUUGUCAAAUGCACUGAGGAACCUUGCCCAAAUAAAGUUGACUGCUACAUCUCCCGUCCUACAGAAAAGAAAAUCUUCACCUUCUUUAUGGUGGUCACUUCAUCGCUCUGCAUCUUCAUGUGUAUCUGCGAGAUGUUCUAUCUGAUUACCAAGAAAAUUCGCAAGUGCCUGCUUAAACAGCAUCAACGCCUUUUACAGCAUGAUUACAAAAGGGUGGAUCCAACGGCUUCAUCCAACCAGAAUCUCAGCAACUUUAAAAAGGCAAAGGUCACAGGAGGAGAGAAAGAUUCAGAACCGGCAUAGUUAUCGUCUGAAAUGAUUGUGAUGCAAGCAGGCAUUAUAAACAUUAAUGAGACACACUGGACCUUGCUUAUAAUAUAGAUAAUGCCAAUACACCAAAGGAAUAUUGCUUUUUCUUGGGACAAUAACAUAUCUAUGACAAAUUUUGAAUUUCAUUAUUUUCUUAUAUGUAAUCAUUUAAAUGAAAAAAUAAAAUAAAAUGUGGAAGUGUAUUCUUGAGUCUCCUCCACUAAAGGAGCACAGUGUCCCCUAGUGUACAGACCCACUUCAGAGAACAACAUAGUGGGGAGGAGACCAUAGUAAGAAUCCAGUUCCUGGCCUAAUACAGUAAAUAAAGUGUCCACACUAAAGUCUGACAUUUUCUGCAAAACAUUGAUUAACAGCUACUGGACACACAGAGAGUCUUGAAAGCUGGACUGCACUAACCUAA